GCUGGUUACAUAGGUACCUACCUACUAUGUACUGGAGGUAGCUACAUACAGGCGGUAUGUAGUUGGUCGGCAUUGCACCCACCUCUUCUCUCCGUAGAAAUCGUCUCGUUCUUGAUAUCUCCUCGUCAUCAAGGCCUCAUUCAAGAUUUCAGGCCUCAACUUCAAAAGCCCAAUUCAACUUUUCUCGAUUAUGGCCGAACCUCUUGACCUCAAUGGCCCAGUACUGUCGCCGCCCGAUGGCAUCGAGUCCAAUCUGGAUAACCCGCCAAACCGCAAUGCUCUGGUCAUUGGACUCACCUCAUUCUUUCUGGUCAUAUCAUUGUUGUUCCUCCUAGUUCGCGCCUAUGCGAAAUUUGUUUACAUGAAGAAUACGCAAACACUUGGAGACUGUAAGCCUGAUUUCUGUAGCGGCUGCCUAUAACUCAUCUAACCAGGGUUCGGACCAACCCAACUACAUCUCCGACCCCCUCUGGUGUAGUUGGGUUGGUUAUAAUACACGACCACCUCCGGUGUAGUGUAUACACGACCCCCUCUGGUGUAUUACACUUACGAAAAUUGCUGGUGUACAUUAAAAGCGGGGCAAAAGCGCUCGCAAAAUGAGGCUAUUUUACCUACCUAAAGUAUCAUCUCGUGAUAAAGUUUGGUGUUUUGGCUAUGACGUAAUUGCCAACCUGCUGAAGGUAUCGCGAGCGCCACUAUCGCCAUAAAUGAAGAUAUCAUUGUAAAUGAAGAUAUCAUUGAUGAUGUUUGAA